CGUACAUUGUUCGUUAUUCAUCAUGAAUGUUAUAAGGCGUUUAUAUUUGGUUAUUUUCACGUACGCUUCAUUCGUAACAAGCUAUUGCAGGCGCUUAGAUAUUCCACUGAAAAACGCACUACUCAUUAUUGCUGAUGAUGGAGGAUUUGAAAUGGGGACAUACAGGAACAAGAUCUGUCAGACACCAAAUCUAGAUGCCUUAGGAAAGAGAAGUCUGAUCUUCAACAAUGCUUACACAUCAGUCAGCAGCUGUUCACCAAGUCGUUCAUCUAUUUUAACUGGCUUACCAAUUCACCAGAAUGGGAUGUAUGGUUUACACCAAGGAGUUCAUCAUUUCAAUUCCUUUGAAAACAUCAGAAGUCUUCCAGCAAUUUUGGCACACAAUGGAAUAAGAACAGGAAUUAUAGGAAAGAAACAUGUUGGUCCCAGUCAGGUGUAUCCAUUCGGUUUUGCAGAAACGGAAGAAAACAAUUCGAUCUUGCAAGUGGGAAGAAACAUCACAAAGAUUAAGCUUCUUGUCCGAGAAUUUCUUAAACAGAAUUCUUCAGACCCUUUUUUGCUAUAUGUUGCUUUCCAUGACCCACAUCGAUGUGGACAUACUAACCCAGAAUAUGGCAACUUCUGCGAAAAGUUUGGGAAUGGAGAGCCUGGUAUGGGUUUCAUUGAAGACUGGCAUCCAAUAUACUAUAAGCCAGAGCAAGUCCAGCUGCCAUACUUUGUACAGGACACUCCAGCAGCACGUCAGGAUGUUGCAGCCCAAUACACAACCAUCUCCAGGCUAGACCAAGGUGUGGGACUGAUUUUACAAGAACUGAAGGCAGCUGGAUUUGAGAAUAACACCCUCAUAAUCUAUUCAUCAGAUAAUGGUAUUCCAUUUCCAAGUGGACGCACAAACUUGUAUGAUCCAGGAAUGGCAGAACCCCUGCUAAUCUCCUCUCCACAGCCAGAACAUCGCCACAAUGAAGUGACAUACAGUAUGACAAGCCUGUUGGACAUUGUACCAACACUGUUAGACUGGUUCAACAUAUCAUACCCUCAUGAAAAUGAAGUUAAGCCUAUACUGACUGGGAAGUCACUUCUGCCAUUGCUGGUGAAAGAGCCUGCACAUGACACAGGGGCUGUGUUUGCUAGUCACAGCCACCAUGAGAUCACCAUGUAUUAUCCCAUGAGAGCAGUACGCACCAAGCGGUACAAGCUUAUACACAACAUCAACUACAAGAUGCCUUUCCCAAUUGAUCAAGAUUUCUAUAUUUCUCCAUCAUUUCAGGAUCUCCUGAACAGAACACGGUCCAAAAAACCCUUGAACUGGUACAAGACACUUAAGAGUUACUACUACAGAGAUGAGUGGGAGUUGUAUGACCUCAAAAAAGAUGCUGAAGAGGUGAACAACGUGGCAUCUAAACCAGCAUAUAAGAAUAUACUUUUGGAGUUGAAGACAAGACUUGAUGAAUGGCAGAAGGCAACAGCAGACCCUUGGUUAUGUGCUCCAGGAGGAGUCCUAGAAGCAGCAGGCAGCUUCAAGAAACACCCACAGUGCCUUCCAUUGGACAACUUCUAGCUGAAGGAAGACCUAUGAGUAGGUUUAGCGAACACAUCCAUACUCAGAUUCACACAUAUUUUUUUUUCCAUUUUGACCAAAAGUGCUUCGUUAGUGAUACACACAAUGCCCAUGUAUAAGAUAACCUGAAAAAUGACAGCACUUCUAUGAGUGCACAUGUUGUGUGUGUUAUUCCAUGUCAACAGCUGUUAAGUAAAUGAAUUUGAAUGAAGAGCUCUUUCACACAA